AUGGCUAAAGCUAAAGCAAACACUACCAUGAUCAAAAUGGUAUCUACCGCAUUGACGGGAUAUGAAAAGUGGUUUAGGAUACCUAGGAGCGCUAGAAAAUUGAAUUUGAUAUUAUACGAUCCAAGAGCUCAAAGACAUUGUCUAUUUAAGGAAGACAGGAAGAGGAAAAUUGCCGAAUUACCUCCGAAGGAUUAUGCUAGAAGACACCGCUAG